CAUCAAAUAUGAUCACUAUAACGUUAUUUACAUUGGUGCCAACUAUCACAAAAUUUUUAAAAAUCACUGAAAAUGUGAUGUCAAAAAAUGUUGGUAAUACGCAUAUUAAUCGGUUUGAAAGAAAACGUCAAGAGGCACCUACAUGUGCAAAAUAUCACAAAAUACAUUAUAUUUUAUAUAAUUGGUAGAAAUGGAGUAUGAACUUAUUGAUCUUAACGACUAUUCAACUUGUGUCAUAUGCGAGAAGUACGUUAAUUUGGUUCCAGUUCGAUUUAGACGCUUCCUAUAUGACCGAAAAUUUAGCCUAGAUAACCUUCUGGAGCGCAUAUUUCAAGCCUAUGAGUUUCUGAUAUGUGAAAAAUGUUGCAAAAAAUUAUCUGCUGCCAUACGUUGUUAUAACGAUGACUCUAGGUUUUGUUUUCUACGCAAGAAUAAAGAAUAUUCUCCCCUCAUUAGAUUCCUUGAAUAUGAAACUGGAGAAUAUAUAAACUAUCGAUGUUUCGACAUUUGUACCGUUUUAAAAGAUAUUUAUACUGCAAUAAAUUCGAAAGGUUGGUCCUUUAUAGACAAAUUGGAAUACGAGAUUGAACAGCAUUUAAUGGAUGAUUACUAUCUUGACAAAUACGAAACGGCAUUUUCUGCGGUUUCUGUUCAGGUAACUUUCCCACGAACCAUUCCCAGGCCUAUCGACAAGGUCAUACUACUGCUAAUAAAAGCAAUUAAAUUUGGCAUUAAUUUAAAGGAGAUCGAACACUUCAUGAAAAAUGUUAAACUAUGAAAUAGUAGUACAUUGUUUGAAAUUAGUUGUGCAUUACACAAUAUUUUCCGAUGAUAUUAAUAUAAAUUGUGAUGUUUCGUAAU